AUGGCAGGCGAAAAAUGCGCGUUUGAGAAUAUUUUUUCUUUUAAAACUCUCCCCACCAAGAAGUUUUCUUUCCUCCAGGACAAAGAAGUGACGGAAUUCUUGAUGAAAUGGUCCAUGUUGGGGAGGAUUUCCGCCCAUUCUUACAGCUUUGACCACAACUUCAGCUCCUACAGCAGUGACAGGUUUGUUCAGUGUUUCUUCAGGGACCCCAUCGUGGCAUCCAGUCUGAGGAGGGUGGAGGCUGGAGUCUGGGUGCCCGUCGACCAGAAGGCAGUGUCGGUCAGUGUGGCGGUCGUCCCGUGCACGAAGGUCUCCAUGGAUCUGUUUGAUCCCCUGUACUCGUGCGGCAUCCUGAGGCCCUCUGGACACAUCCUGAAAUGCUUUCAUGAUGUCUACCCCGACUAUGAUGAGCUCAGACAGAUGUUGCAGGAUGAGGACUCUGAGCACUACGGCGUGUUGGGGAGGGAGCAGCGGGGGGAGUUCCUGUUUCUCCUCUUCAAGCACUUGUGUCUUGGAGGAGAGCUCUGUCAAUAUGAAGACACCAUCGAUCCUUACAUCAGCGUCACGAAGAAAAUAUACAAAGAUCUGAUCAGUGUGCAGAAGGAUCCAGAGACCAAGAAAAUCAGCGUUGUCUCCACUGUGCUCAAAGUCUGUGCCAGAGAUGAGUCUGGCCGGCGUUUCCCCGGGACACAAGAGGAGGAGCAAACCUUUGCCUAUUUGAUCGUCGACCCUUUCAAACGUCACGCGACUCUGUUCUGCCAUUUCUACGGCGUGGGAAACUUUACGGUGUGA